AAAUAAGAACAGUAAUUUUAAUUUAGACAUUCUUUGACAAGAGAUAGUAAAGAUGAAGCUCCUCCUCGGUGUUGCAUGUCUGCUUUUAGUAAGCUCUGCACUGUGUUAUUCAGUGGCAGAAGAUGAUACUCCAGCCUGCAAUGAAGUGUUCAGCGCACAGGUUUGUGAUGACUUCGAUCAAAUAGAUGUGGACAUGGCUGAUGAGCUAGACCGCGCAAGGAGACAACUUCCACCAGGACCAGACCCAAAUCCCGACCCAACUAAACAACUUUUGGAAGAAUUAUUGAAGAAGAAGAUUCAAUUCAUCCUCAACCUUGGAUUUCUGAAGAAUGUACCCUUCAUUGGACAAAUGAUUCAUGAUCUGGUUGCUAACGAUCCUGACGGUGUUGCUAAGGCGUUGGCUGGAAAUAUCUUUGAUAUCAUUAAACUUGUUUUGUCAAGAGUCAAUAUCGGUUAAACCUGUAAUCAAAAGCGUACGAAAUAUAUCGCCUCAAAAAUA